GGCAGAUAGGCCUUGUGCAUGCAUUCUGCAUGUGCCUGUUGCCUGUUUGGUGUGUGCUGUGGACAGAGAAGAUGCCUGGUUGCGCCGGAAGGUAGCGCCGGGCUUAGGGACAGGUGUCUCGUCAAACCCUUAACCAACCAACCAACCAAAAGACGCAGGGGAAGAAGGAUGGUGUUGCUAAAGGUGCUGCGGAAGAUCAAGCAGCGCGAGAAAGAGAUGCGCAUACUCGUGCUGUAAGUGAAUGAAGAGCAUUCAUGCACACAAUGACGCCGUGUCUGUUGCGCUUUGCCGUGGGUGCAGGGGUUUGGACAACGCCGGGAAGACGACCAUAGUGAAGCAGCUGAACGGCGAGGACGUUUCCACCAUCUCGCCCACUGUCGGGUUCAACAUCACCACUCUCACCCACAAUGGGUGAGCAUGACGGCAAGAUGGCCACACAUGCACGUGUCCAUCUCUCUCAUCUCAUCUGUGUGUGUGUAGGUAUCGGCUUCACGUGUGGGACGUUGGUGGGCAGAAGAGCCUCCGCAGCUACUGGCGCAACUACUUCGAGCAGACUGACGGGCUGGUGUGGGUGGUGGACUCGGCAGACAUACACAGGCUCAACGACACUAGACACGAACUACACGCGCUGCUCAAAGAACAGGUCGCUGACGGAGAGAGGGAAAGACCCAUGGCCACACGGGAUGCAUCUGUGCGUGGGAUGGAUGUGGGUGUCCAUUCAGAGGUUGGCUGGCGCCACUUUGUUGAUAUUCGCCAACAAACAGGACCUCCCCGGCGCCCUCUCUGCGCAACAAAUCACAGAGGCAAGCCCAACUGACCAUAAAGCACCAGCAUCCAUCCAUCCGCCAUCCGUGUACGUGUAUGUCAGGUGUUGGGUUUGGAGUCUUUGGCCAACCGUUCCUGGUCAUUGUAUCCGUGCAGUGCGUUGUUGGCUGAGGAGGUGGGCGGGCUGCUGGCCGGCAUGGACUGGCUCGUCAAGGACAUCGCCUCAAGGAUAUACAUGCUACAGUGAUGGGUGGAUUCCUGCACUGCAUCAAGUGGGUGCCGUGCUCGGACUCACAGUGUCGAGGUGUCAAGUGGACGCCUCGAAGCGUGUCCGUUUGAUCCCUUACCAGUGUGGGUUCGUCCACGGCUCCUGCCUUGCAGGCAGACCAACAAAGUACUAAGUAGAUCUCGAGCGGAUGACAGGCUAAUUUAUGGGAUGGGAUGGUGCAAGCGAGAGAUGGACGCACGCAUUUGGUGUGUCCAUUCGCCGCCUGCACGUGUGCGUGUGUGCACGGUGCCCACCACCUGACAGACAGACAGACACAGAGAAGCAGAGCAGGGCGGGUGCACGGCACGGGUGGGUGUUUGAUAGGGGAUCGUUCUUGAC